UUUUUAUAUUAGUUUCAUAAUGAUCUGGACGCUGGUAACUGUGCUGAGCUUUCUUCAGUUCGCUGGGGGAAAGUUACGUUCUCACUCAGGAGGGUUUCGUCCCAUUUGUGUGGAGAAUAUCACAGCAGUAGAAGGGGAUCCAGUGACUCUACAGUAUCGUCUGGAGCAGCCCAUCGACUUAUCUGCAGUCACAGUGGAUGUGACCAGACUCGACCUUGAUGCCUCGGACAAUGUGGUCCAUGUCUAUCGGCAUGGACGGGACGAUCCUGGUCCACAGAUGUCUGAAUACAGAAGGAGAACCACUCUGGACCAUGCAGACCUGAUGAGAGGAAACGUGACGCUGCAGAUCUCCUCGGUGAAUCUGUCUGACAGCGGACGUUACAGAGUCUUUAUCCCAACGCUGAAAGCCCGUUGUACUACGGAGCUCAUUGUUGAACCCAUGAAGAGACAUAUUUCCAGCACAACUCGUCCACCUCCAGGGGAUGAAGGGACCAAGUCAGGCGAUCAAGAUGUUGGAAACGUGAAGGCUGUGGUCAUUCCCAUUGUUGUGUUCAUUCUCCUCUGCCUCUUCCUCUGUGUUGGUCUGCUGAAACGUGAAAGGAUCCGUAAAUUAUGGAAACAAAACUUGAGCCCUGCAGAGAGCUGUCUGCAGAGGCUCAGAGGGAGGAGGGAGCAAGAGGGAGCCAAGGAGGGAAACGUCUCUGAAGGGUUCCCUCUGAGGACGUCACCAGCAGGAGACCACCCGGACCUGAAUGGAAACAGCGUGCAACCCGCCGAGACCUGCAUGCACCUUGCGGGAGCCUAA